AUGUCUGGCGACGUCGGCAUCCACACGGCUCCUGGCUAUGGUGGCUUGCUGGUUCGUACGAUUCGCUCCGACCAGAUCGCCUUCCCCGACUGGGCGAUAGAGGGCCCCCGCACCACCCUUUGGCGCUGCCGAUGGAUCGACCGUCGGGGCGGGGGCCCUCUCGACCACCACCGCUUCUUCGUGGUGGUCCACCGCCUCCACAAGGACAGCUGGGGUGUCCCGAUGCACGAGUUCGGGAUGAAGGCCCUCGAGACCCUCGGCGCCUACGACUCGCUCGACCUGCCGAACGUCGCGGGGAUCGAGUCGCUGAUGCGCGAAGUGCAGCUGGUCGAGCAUGCGCAUGCCAAGCGCGACGGGUUUGCUGGGGCCAGCACCGAGGUGGCCGACGGCGACCUGAAUGCCAAGAAGAAGGGCCGUGGCCAUGGCCGCGGACGAGGAGGCGCCGCGGGCGCCUUCGGCUACCUGGACGAGCACACCGCCUUCCGGGGGCAGCGGGCCUUACGAGAGCUCCGCGUUAACCCAGGCUACUCCGUGACGAGCAGCCCCGUGGUUCUCAUCAGCGAGGCCAGUAUAAACAGAGCAGGCGAGCAUUUCGAUGAGCCCCCUCACGUUGACCUAGCUACUGGGUCGGCGUUCUCGGCCCUGGAGGUUGACGGUGGGGGGCCUAUCUAUGUUGGGGAGACGGACAUUGAGAAUGCCUUCUAUGGGAUUCAGCUACCUCUGGAGUUCUGGCAGUUUUUCGGGCUACCUCGAGUACGAGCUGGGGUCCGAGGUAUCACUACCGACAGCGCUGGAGGCCCCUUGAGGGCCAGCGACUGGGUUACCCCGUGCUUUACCGCCGUCCCAAUGGGAUGGAAGCACAGUCUUUGGAUCUGUCAGCGUAUCAUGGAGUUCCGGGCCCGCACCAACACGUUGGCCUCCCCCAGUCUGGCUUUUGACGAUGCGCACCUUCCUGUCCGUCUGGUUCGAUCUUCCACGCAGGUAUUACAUACAGAGUACGUUGACAGCUUCGUUGCCCUUGGCCUCUCGAAGGACCCCACGCAUGCCGUGACUGACUCCGUCGAUCGCAGUCUCCGAGACGCUGGGUUUCGCACCCGCGGUCCGACGGUGUCGGCUGGAGGGGGUGUUCUCGGUUGGACCUUCGACCAGGACGCCCCGACGAUCGGGAUCAGUCACCGCAUAGGCUGGCGAAUACGACUAGGGUGUCUGGCUGUCGCGGACAUGAAGUACGCCUCGGGGGAUCUUGUCAGGGUCGUCGUGUCACACUUCACGUCUCGGGCUCUGCUGCGCCGUGAAUUACUCUCAUGUCUGCAGGCUUCGUAUUCUUCCAUCGAGUCGUCCGGCCACCACACGCGUGUUCUCUGGAGCUCAGUCAAACGGGAGCUUCGUUGGUGUGCCGCGCUGAUCGCACUCGCUUUCCGCGACGUCAAUGCCGCCUGGCCCCCCAUGGUCUACUGCACCGACGCGUCCUGGUGGGGCGCAGGGGUCGUCAGGGGCAUCCGCAGCGUCCAGGAGGUCCAGCACGUGGGCCACUAUACGGAGCGCUUGCGUUACUCAGCGGCCCACGAGGCCAUCCUCAAGCCACGGGACUCGGCUCUGAAGUGUUCGGUCAGCGGCGGGGUCACCGCCUCCCCCCAGGACUCCGAGAUCCCGAAGGCCCCCUUCCCCGAGGUCCUAGAGUCGGUCUACGGCGGCGACUGGUCCCUCGUCAUGUCCCAGAAGUGGUCCCGCAAGGAGGCCCAGGUUGUCUUGGAGGCUCGGUCGCUCGUGCUCACCGUGAAGAACAUAGUUCGGAACACUCAGAAUUUCGGUUGCAAGCACCUGCUGGCGCCGCGCCCCCUGGGCGGCCACGCCGGAGGCCUGCCCCGCGCGGAGGUGGCGCCCAACCUCCCGGCGCCCUCCUCGCGGCGCCCAUACCGCGAGCGGGUGCCCCACGGCCCCGGCGCUCAGGAGGCGAGGGCCGCCAAGCGGGCGAGGGCCUUCCCCGCUGCCGCAGAGGCCCCACCGCCGCCAGGCGCCCCGACCUUCCUCGAGCUGCAGAGCGUCUCGCCGAAGGCCGCCCAGGACUACCAGACGUACGUGACGGCGUUCUACCAGUGGGGCCAGGAGCGCCACCUGCUCAGCGACAUCGCGACCUCACUGAGGUCGGCGCCGGCGAUCGACCUAGCCCUCGUGACGUACAUGAACGAGAAGUUCUUCGCAGGCGAGCUCUCCUACGUGCCGACGAAGCUGAUCGCGGGUCUCCGCUACUUCUGGACAUACCCCAACGGAGCGCCCCUCGAGCUGCCCCGCAGCUUUCGCGCCUUGACGGGCUGGAAGCGCAUGGUGCCUGCCCAGAGCCGCCUGCCGUACCCCUGGGUCGCCCUGUGCCUGCGCGUGCAACACAUGAUUGCCGCGGGCCAGGUGAUGGAGGCAUUGGCCAGCAUCAUCACCUUCACGUUAUACCUGCGCCCCAGCGAGUGCCUGCGUCUGCAGGGGAAGCUGAUCACAGCUCCUGCCCAGGCGCCUCGCCGUGUGCAGGACGGCCAGGGCCAGAUGUGGCCCCUCCUCCUGCACCCGCAAGAGGGCGGCGCCACGUCCAAGACGGGCCGCGUGGACGAGAGCCUGCUAGCGGACAACCCCCUGUUCCCGUGGUUGCCGCAGGCGCUGGGCCUCCUGAAGGCCAAGUUCCCCCACUCGCUGGUCUUCAACUUCGGCCAGGCGCAGUGGGGCCGGGCCUUGAAGGGCGCGGCGCCCGCUUGCGGGCUCACUGCCCUGGGCGACCCCGACCGCAGCCUGGCCCGCUACGAGCGGGGCGGGCGCAUCAACGAGCAGCUGAGCCUCUUGUCCCAGGACAUCCUCAUCGCCGCCGACCUGGCGGCCUCGAACAUUGGCGUAACCCUCGUGUCGGCUGGCCACCCUGUUUUCGAGAUCGACAUGCGGCACGGGGUUGAGCAUGACAUGUGCAGUAAGGCCCUGGUCAAGCUUAUCCGGGGCUGGGUCCGAGGUGGGCUCGUGACGGCCGCGUUCAUGGGCACGCUGCCCGCCUCGUGGGGCCGCGCCGUGCUGCGCCCGCGGGGCUGCGCCGCGGCCCCGGGGCGCGGCGAGCCCGCCGCGCAGGGGCGCGCAGACGCCGGCGAGCUCGAGGGCCGGGCGGGCCCUGCGGGCCUGGCGCGGAAGCAGCCCCCGCACGCGGGCCACGUGGCGCCUGGCGGCAAGGAGAGCAUGGGAUGUGGUGAAGUGGGCGGCCUCAUCGCCGUCGCCGCCGAAGCUCUGUCGCUGGCCUCGAAGGCGCCCGUCGCACACGUGCGGGAGGAGGGCGCGGACACGGUCGGCCAGGGGGCCACGCCCAGCCCCCUGUUUGCUCUCCCGCUGGCCGGCAAGUCCCUCAUGGACCUGGCGCGCGAGGAGCCCGAGAUGGCCUUGGUGCAGGCGCUGGCCACCCCGGAGGCGCUCUCGGCCGCCCCGGCGUCCCUCUGGGUGCAGUCCGGGUCGCCGCUGGGCGGAGAGCUGGCAGCGAUGACCGAGCGGUUGGCGCGCGUGCCCAGCGCGCAGCGCUCGCCGCUCGCCCGGGGGGGAGUCGGGUCUCGGCCGCGUGCGCCCGCACCGCAUUUUGGCCAGGGCGGCUGCUUCGGCGGGCGAACCUGGCCUGGCGGGCCUGCGACGGGUUCGCCGCCAUCCCGCCGCAGGCAGCUCUGGCAGGAAUUGGGCGGUCACGACGAUACACUGUCCCCAGCUGGCGGCAGCGCCGCCGCCCGGAAGCGAAACCGCGAGGCCGUGCCAUUCGCGCACAGAGUUGCGGAGCUGAUGGAGGACCUUCGAGCCGUCGGCUUGGCGUCUCGGGUGCUGGCCGCUUGGCGCUGCGAGGCGCUGGCCACGCGCGCCGCAUCGCAGGGCCUCCAUGGCGGCAUCCCCGUCAUGAUGCUCAAGAGGGCCGUGAUCUUUGGAUGGGCCGCGCUCUGCAGGUGCAAACACCUCAUCAAAGGAGCCAUGGACGCGCGGAGGCAGAUGAUGAGGAGCCAGACCGCCACCGGUGGGGGAGCUGAAGCAGCCCUCAGCGCCAGGAGCGGCGCGGGCGCGCUCUGGAGCUCCAAGAGGCUGCAGUCGCUCGCCGUCGAGCGCGCGCUGCUGUUCGCCGGCAGGACCGUGCGGCGGCCGGGCUGCGACCAGCGUUGGGCGUUCCUCCGCGCGUGGCGCCUGGAGUCCCUGAGCUCCCAGAAGGAGCGGCACGCGGGGCGGUGCCGGAGCCUGAGGUCCUCAUGCCUGCGCGCAGUAGUGGCCUCCGCGGCACGGCGCGCGGAGGCGGACCUCCGAGCCGCGGUCGCCGUGUGGCGGCUGGGCUGCGCGGUGGAGCGGAGGGAGCAGCGCGAGCUCCAGCGGCUGGCCGCGCAGCGCGAGGCGUCCGCCGAGCGCGAUCGCCACGUUCGGCUGCGCGCCCUGUUCGCGGCGUGGCGGCGCCAGGCCGCGCGGGGCAGAGUGGGGUUCCUGCAGAGGUUCCUGACGGAGAUCUCCGGCGCGGCGGUCCGAAGCCAGGCCAUCCACCUCGCAUCGCUGGCGCUGGUCACCUGGCAAGGUCACGGGCUUGCGUCGCGCCUCUGCUACGAGACGGGACGCCGCGCCGAGCUGGAGCGCCGCGCCGAGCGCCUGGCCUCCCAGGCCGCCUUCGGCGCCAGCAAGGCCGUCGCCGCCCUCGCGGGCCAUUCGGCCUACUCCACGCUGAGGGAAGCGCUCUGGGGCUGGCGUCACCAGGUGGCCGAGCAGCGCCAGGGCGAGCGCCUGAGCGACGCGCUGGAGCGCUCGUGCGUGGCACUGGAAGGUGGCCGCCGCCGGGGCCUACAAGGAUGGGUGCUGGCGGCCUGGCAGGAGGCGCGCAAGCUGGACCGAGGGCGCCGCCAGCAGCGGGGGCUGCUGGAACUGCUCCUGGCCGAGCGCCGGGAGGCCGCUUUGACGUCUGCGCUCUCGGAGUGGCGCCUGCUGACGCUGCAGGACCGCCACGGCAGGGACAAGGAGGACUGGAUGGAGCACGCAGACGGCCGCCUGCAGCAAGCCGACCGCCUGCUGCUCGUCUGCCAGCGCGACUUGCCGCUGAGGGCGGCGCUCGCGGCCUGGAGCGGCGCCGCGGCCAUCGAGCGCAGGGAUCGCGAGCGGGAGCGGUGGGCAGGCCAGGCGGAGGCGCGCCUGCAGCAGGCGGCGGCCCUGUUGGCCCUCGUGCAGCACGACGCGCCCCGCUACGUGGUGCUGGUGGCCUGGCGAGAGGCGGCAGCGGCUGCGAGCAGCGGGCGCGAGAAGGGCCGGUGCAUGCGGCAGGAGGCGGACAGGCGCCUGAGGCAGGCCGACCUGCUCCUCCUCCACUGUCAGCAGGGCGAGCCGCGGAGGCCGAUCCUCGAAGCAUGGAGGGGCGUGGUUGCAUCGGAACGGCACGGGCAGGAGAAGAGCCGCCUGACCUAUCGAGCGGACCGACGGCUGCAGCAAGCGGCAGCAGCGUUGGCCGCCCACUCGAGAGUGGCAGCGCACCAGGUGGCCUUUGCAGCGUGGAGGGAGGUUGCGGCAGCCGCACGCCAGGAGCGCGAGGGAGAGAGGCGAGUUCGGCAGGCUGAUUUGCUGCUUCAGAUGUGCCAGCAGGACGUACCCUUGCGGUUAACCCUUGAAGCUUGGAGGAGCGUGGCUACAUGCGGGCGGCAUGGGCGUGAGAAGGACAACUUGGUGCUUCAGUGUGGCAGACGCUUGCAGCAAGCAGAUGCGGUGCUUUCGUUCGACAUGCGACUGAUGGUGCAACGCACAGCGUUUGCGCCAUGGCGAAACAUCGCAGUAGCUGCGCGCUUGGAGCUCGAUCAGCAGAGACUGACAAGUGCGCGACUGCAUCAAGCUGAAUUGAUACUGCAGAUGGGCCAGAAGGAUCUAUCCUUGAGGGAAACCUUUGAGGCCUGGAAGGGCGUGGUUACAUCGAGUCGCCAUGGGCGUGAGAAGGGGCACCUGAUGCAUGAGGCCAGCAAGCGCUUGCAGGUUGCAGACGUAUUACUUUCCGGCAGCAUGCGAAUGGAACUUUAUCGCAUGGCGUUUGCAGCUUGGAAGGAUUUAGCGGUAGCUGCACACCACGACUCUUACAAGCAACAGAUGCGGAGAUGUACAGAAGUGCGACUACAUCAAGCGGACUUGCUACUCCAGAUGGGCCAGCAAGGCGUACCUUUGGUUGUGACGGUUCAGGCCUGGAGGUCUUUGGCUGCAUCUGAGCGUCACAGGCGUGAGAAGGAACAUUUGACGCAUGAGUCCAGCAAGCAUUUGCAGCAAACAGAUGGUGUCCUUUCAAUCGACAUGCGAAUGUCACAAUAUCGAUUGGCGUUUACAGCUUGGAAGGAUUUCGCAGUGGCUGUACACCUCGAGCUCGAGAGGACAGAGCAGUUGCAGAAGAGCGCGGAAGCGUGGGUUGGCGGAAAUCACGCUGACAAGCUACUGCAGAUGUGCCAACAAGACGUGCCGUCGAGGCUGAUCUUUGAGGCUUGGAGGGGCGCAGCUGCAGUCGAGCGUCAUGGGCGUGAGACUGCUCGCUUGACUGAUCAAGCCAGCAGGCACUUACAGCAAACAGAAGCCGUAGUUCUGAUCGACAUGCGAAUGGCACAGCAGCGCGUGACCUUUGUAGCAUGGAAGGACGUUGCAGUAGCAGCGCACCACGAACUCGAGAAGAUAGACCAGCUGCGGAGGAGCGCAGACGUGCGACUUCAUCAAGCUGACCAAUUACUGCAGAUGUGCCAACAGGACGUGCCGUCGAGGGUGAUAUUUGAGGCUUGGAGGGGAGCAGCUGCAGUCGAGCGCCAUGGGCGCGAAAAGGGGCAUCUGAUGGGUCAAGCUUGCAGACGGCUGCAACUAGCAGACGCAGCACUUGCGACCGACGGGCGAGUGGGCCGUCUGUGCGAGACCUUCUCGGCAUGGAAAGGCGUCGCGGUAGCCUCGCACCACGAGAUCGAGAAGAGGCACCAGGUACAGAGGAGCGCGGACCAGCGACUUCGUCAGGCUGACCUGCUACUGCAGAUCCACCAGCCGGAGUGGUCCUCGAGGGUGAUGCCUGGAGGGGCACAGCGGCGGUCGAGCGGCAUCAGCGUGAGAGGGAGCGCCUGA